UGCUAUGUAGGUAAAGCUUUAGUAUACGUGUAGUUUGAAGCCAAGUGAAGAUGAGUCAGACCCGGAACUUAUCGUUACCUAUAUAUCAUAAAGACAUUGUUUAGGGAUGGUACCAGGUUGUUGAUCUGUUCUGAUCUCUGGAGGUGUUUUGCAAUAGUUCCACCACCUGGGAGUGUGUAUAACACUUGUAUUGGAGACAUUGUUUGAUUACGUUUGGGAGAUUGUAGCGAGGCAGAAGCGAAUGUGUUAUUUUGAGCAGAAGUUAAUACGAAACAGUGACUACGCGAAAUCGACUUUAUUGUGGAUCAAAUGUAUAGUGUAAUAAUUUACGAAGGCUAAAUGUAUUGUAGACUGUAAGCAGACUAAAGUGGAAAUGCAUAAAUUUACUUACAUCAUAUAUAUAUAUACAAUCGAUAAUAUGUCGCAUACUAUAUCAAACAAGUGAAACAGUUCAAUACUUGUGGUAUUUAGGUGAAACAAAAUUCUAUAUAGAUUUAUAUUACGUUUCCUGUCAUCGUUGGUAUAACUGCCAGAGAUAAAAAGAUUGAAAAAAGAUACAGGCGGAUUCAAAAAUUAGAUACGAAAACAUACUGCUGGAAAUAGGGUGUCGGUCAUGAUGAUGGCGACCCCGCCAAAAGCAGUGCACGAUCCGUUGUAUAACUUUGAAACUCAUUUUCCCGAAAAACUUUCUCGGCUUCAUUUUAACCAUGAAUUAUCUGGAUCUUUUAAGAGAUCAAAACGAAAGCAACGAACUGCUGGUAGAUAUAAAACUCAACCAAUCACAUUUGAUGAAAUCCAGGAGGUAGAUGAACCGCCACCUGCAGCCGAAGAACCCAAAACUCGGGCAGACAAUCUCAAAUCUGCCAAUCAACCUUUCUCACGAUCUAUUGAUGGUCUCCUUCCAAAAGUAUUGGGACCCCGUCCAGAGGCAGGGGUAGCAAAAGAAGCUCCUUCCUGUGUUAUGAAACGAAUGAGCCCUUUGCGAUUACCAGGUGGGGCUAAUUUCAAAGCCAAAUCCCCAAUACCAGAAUUAGAGGAACGGUUAAAGGGAGAAGAAUCGGUUUCUCCUACCACGGAUAAAUCGCCAGAAAUUAAAUCGGAUAAAAGUCCGACUUCACUAAACCCCGAUAACGGAGGAAAUACGCAAAAACCGCCCAUACCUUCGCCUAAUAUGGCACCUAGAAGGCAGAAAGUUACCGCCAAAGCUAAAAAGCGACAAAAGGCCGAUGGAAUAGAGAGUGAAGAUACAUGAGAUGGAUUUAUUUGAUUGGACAAAAUGAUUAUCGUGAUUUAUUUUUGCAAAAGGAUGAUGUAUCACUUGAUCCGUUCGUCCCAGUGUGCCUGUGUAGGUUAACAUGCCUAAAUGUAUUUUAAAUGAUAUACCUGAUGAUUAUUGACAUUUUAAAAAGUAUUAUGACUGGAAAUUUAGUUAUGGAAUUAUAUUAUUACCAAACACACUUUGGUGAAAACUCUGAGACUUUCAGGAUUAUUCGUAUUCUUUUCUUCAAAGUUUAACAGAACUUCCUGGAAUCUUGAUAUACAUCUAUAGGCCUUCGAGAUUAUAUCUGCAGACACUAGUUCUUCAUUUGGAUAUUAUUGCAGGGUUUUUGUGUUUUUAAGGUGUUUUAGCUUUCACUUCUGUGCAAUUUAGAUUUUUGGUUUAGACAUGUAUAGAAAUUAUGUAUUUGCAGGAAUUAUGUAAAGCGGUUCAAUUCUUUGUUUCUUUAGCUUGAAAGCGCUUGUAAAUAUUUUGAAACAAUGAUUUCAUAACAGUAGCUUUAUAAGAUAGUCUAUUGUUGAAAUAUCAUUUAAUGACUUGAAUUAGUAUGUAAAGUAUUUAUAUUUGUUAUGUGUGGUGUAUCCUCCUGAAAAUACGAAUCCCUUCAAGUUCUAGUCGUACAAAUAUUGUGCUGAUGCCAACACCCAUGACAUUUAAAUUAUUCGGUGUCGGUCCAAUCGGCUUUUAUGCCUACCAUAAUAACGUGAAAGCGAUGACGUUUUUACGGUUCUUGCAUUAAAUAAGUAAUCAUGUAUUAGUGGGACAGUCAGCUGGGACAGAAAGCUGUUCCACGGGAUUGGCAAUGUGUAUUAAAAAUCAGUGCCAAUAAUGUUUCGUUUUAUUUUGGACGUUCAGCUACAUUGACUACAACGUCAUCUAACAAAACAAACGAAACGCAAUUGUAAUAUUAUUUUAAUUAAAUCAAUCUGAUUAAAAUACAGCUAUAUAUUUCGUUUCGUGUUUUUUUAUAUAUUUUCGACGGACUUCACUACAUGAAAAUCUGACCAGCUGUAGUGGAAGGUCGCGUCAGGUUUCAUGCGAGAGGCUUUUGACCUUAUGACGUCACACACUGAUUAAUCAAUCGUCGUUGACGUUUCUAGUAGUUUACCCAAAGUUCCGUGCACCUCACGCCAAAAACUCGCCGUAACAGACAGUUUCAUUGGCUAAUCUCUCACAUCAUCCAGAACGCGGAGUAUAUAACAACACUUUCAGUUUCUAGUGUAGUAAAGACGAGCAAAACGAAACUUUGAACUAUAAAAAACGAAAUUAAAUAAGAUGUGUUUUGAUCAGAUUGUAAUUAAAUGGAGGGUCUUCGCAUAUUCGGUCGUAAUUUUUGCGAUUUCGAUAGUGUGCGGUAGCGUUCAGUAAUAUAUCUAUCACCACUAUGCUACUUAUUAUCCUUUGCUCUUAUCUAAGCUAUGUUAAUUGCUUUCGGUAAUUAGAAAACGUGAUAUUAUCUUUUUGAGUUUGGGCAAAAAUGAAGAAAUAGUUCUUGCUUUUAGUAAUUAUGAUAAUUAUAAAACAUAUUAAUCAUUUGAGUUUAAACAUAAAUAGAAAAAUAGUUCGAUUCGUUUAUAGGCCCCAUCAGGCCCUUCGCAUAUUCGGUCGUGUUGGCACCUCGUGAUUUUUGCGAUUUCGAUAGUGUGCGGUUGCGUAUAGUAAUUAUGAUAAUUAUAAACAUAUUAAUCAUUUGAGUUUAAGCAUACUUUCGACAGUGUGCGGUAGCGUACAAUAAUAUAUCUAUCACCACUAUACUACUUUUUAUUCUUUGCUCUCAUCUAAGUUAAUUGCUUUCGUUAAUUAGAAAACGUGAUACUAUCUAUUUGAGUUUGGGCAUAAAUGAAAAAAUAGGUCUUGCUUUUAGUAAUUAUGAUAAUUAUAAUCAUUUGAGUUUAAGCAUAAAUGGAAAAAUAGUUCGAUUCGUUUAUAGGCCCUAUUGGGCAUUGAUAACUUGACAGUGAACCGUUUAUGAGCUUCUAGUCUUUUAAGACAUAAUAUACACUUCAGUAAUACUUAUUCUGAAAUUCAGGCUGAUCAGUUAAAAUUCUAAUUUUUUUCCAAAUUAUUGAAAGAGCAUUAAUAUUAUGGAAGACUUGGUACUUCUUUGUCGUUACUAAAUAAAAUUUACCUACAGAUGAUUAAGCUCCCCUCACCUUUAAUAUUCUUUUUACUAGUAUACAAAGUCAGGAACAGAGUGGUGAAUGUAUAAAAACAAAACUGAAAUGUUUAGUAUUAGACACUAUUUCAUUCAUAAUGUACAAUGGAAUUCAUCCUGGCAUCGUAGCAAAUUACAGCAAUUCAAAAUGCCAAUAUUGGUACAGUAAUUCAGUCCAUUUGUCAUAUAUAUAAACUUUGGAGUAUUCCAAAGAGAGUGUCUUUUGGUAAGCAGAUAUCCCGUGACAUGGAUGACAGCAAAAUCAGCCGACAUAUUUCUAUUUCCCAUAAAAAUAGCUGUUUCUUCAAAUAAAUAGACAACAAAUUUUACGAAAAUAAGAUUAUAUCCUACUAGCCUUUUUAGAAAUGCACGUUUACGCUUACUUCCAAUAUUAAUGUUUGAAUAAGACCCAAGUAAGGUUCCCUUUUCACAUUUAGUUGUUCAGAGAUUGCCUUAUAUUGUGCAAUAUUUAUUAUUAAUAUAUGUAUUUACAUAUAUAUAAUAUUUGGUUCUUGUAAACUUAGCUGUGAUUGUAACAUUGUGUAAAUAAAAUUAUUUCAGAUUGUU